AUGACUAAUUUUGCGAUUCUGAUCAGCGUGUGCUACAUAAUUUUCCAUUUUUGCGGGGCAUUCAAGCUACCGCAUUGUUGCGAAAGGCUGGUGCUGCGGGGUGGACAAGGAGAGCCCGUUCGCGCCCACCACCGUCACUGCGUCGAUCGCGGCAAAGCCAAAAAAGGGACACAAAGAAGAGGCAGUAAUGUGCCGCCGUGCUACCACAACAGGCUUUGCAACCAUGGGGGGAAUAAGCACACUAAGUUGUUUUAUAAGAGCAAAAAGGAAAGGGACAUCCAGGAGUCAGGCUACAUGUAUCCCUUCGAUCACUUAGAGAAAAAAAAAACGAAAUUUCCUCCGGACCCCUACCAGCCAACUGACGAAGAGAGGGAAGAACACACGGCAGAUGUGUUCGAUGACGAGCUAAGCGAUGAUGAGCUCCUCAGCUUUGACGAGGACGACGAUGCGAAGAGGCACUUUGGGGAGACAACCUUCAAUGCGCCCAUCAGUGUGCACGGCGCGGAGGGGGAGGAACGUGACGUGGGUGACGUGGGUGACGCGGGUGACGCGGAUGAUGUGGGUGAUGCGGAUGAUGCGGGUGACGCGGAUGAUGCGGAUGACGUGGGUGACGCGGAUGAUGCGUAUGACGCCGAUGCUCCCAGUGAGCACAACCCGAAUGACGGGGAUGCGGAUGGGGCGGACGAGCUGAUCCCGCGCGAACUCGUGGCGGAGGCACAAAACGGGAGUGCCGCCCCAGACGAACCGCAACACGAACGAGAGGUGGUAAAAAUCAGAGUGCAUUCCGUAGCAGAACAGAGAAUAGAAGCCGAAAUGAUGAAAGACCAGCUGUAUUACCUAUUUCACUCCUCCAUGGAUAGCACCUUCAUCGAGUUCUUUCGACUCCAAAUCGAGUUGUCCAUCCAUCAAGAGGAAAAAAACACAUCGGUAGAGUACUCCUUUGGGGAAAGUAAUUACAAGGAGCCAAUAUCGUGCAAAUUGUUGAGUAGCAGAAUAGAAGACGCUCGUAGGGACAAAACUGAUGGAGAGAUGACCUACUUGAGUAAAAGCAUGCGGAAAGAACUCGAGAGGGGGGACAAACAAAGGAACAUCACACACACUUCAAAACGGAAUUUGCAGAUGAGCAUCGAGUCGUCGUUAAAACUGAUAGAAAAAUGCAAACAAAUGUUUUACAGGCAAAAUUAUGAACGUACUUUACACGAUUUGAAAUUAGCAUAUAACAUGUUGCCGUGUAAAUAUUAUGGAUUUUUCAUCUCCAGCAUUUGUGCAAAUAUAUCCAUGCUGUCCUACUACACAAAUGACAUGCAAGGAGCUUUUAAUUUUUCUCUAAAGGCAAUAAAAUACGAACCGAAACAUGCAUUGGCGUGGAAAUGUCUUGGAGAUGCUUACAGAAGCUUUCGCAAAUUUUGGCAGGCCAAAAAUUUUUACGAUAUAGCAAUACACUUGGGAUAUAAAGACGACAAGGGAGAGAACUUCAAAGAAAUCGUGGCAGAGUUAAACAAAUUGACCAUGGCUGCUUUGAAAAAGGCAGAUACGUUAAAAGAAAAUAUGAAUAACUGCACCAAUGUUGUGGUGAAAAAAAACAUCGGAAUUGUGUUGAAUAAAAAUCCGGAUUCGAUUGGGGGUUGUUAUGUGUCCUAUAUCAUUGAGGGGGGGAAAGCGAGCAAAAAAAAUUUCCACCAUGGAGACCAAAUUGUUGCGCUGAACAAUAUCGUUACGUAUGGAAAGCCAAUUGACUUUUGCUUAAAAGCUUUCCAAAAGAAUGAAGGCUCCUACGACAUCGUUUUUUUCAGGGGCAACAUUAUCGAGCUGUACGGCCUGCGCGCCUACCAAUAUUUGGUCGAACAUGGCUUGUUUCACACCCUCUUCGAAAAUGAAAAAAUCGCGUCCUUCAAGCGGAACGAGACCAUUUUGUUUGACUUGCGUGGGUUCGGCACCUUUUCGGAGUAUGGUAUGUCGCAGGGGGGGUCGUAA